CUCUCUCUCUCUCUCUCUCUCUCUCUCUCUCUCACUGUGAGCCCCCACCACUGUGCCUCUUGACUUUGAAUCAUAUGUUAAAUAAUCCCCGGUGGUUCCCUCCUCUGAUCCGGCUCUGGGACACUAGUUUUCUGAUAUCUCGUUCACUAACUCCUCUGGGAGAACCUCACACCGUCCACAUGGCAGAUCCACCUCUGCACAACUCCUGGCCCUCGUUCUCAUGGAUGAAACGAUGGUCCUUCAAAAGAGCCUCAGAUUGCAAACCAUGCUCUCAACUUCGAGCCCCGGUCUCAGCUCCCAGCUCCUCCUCAUCUUUGUCCCCGACCUCCAUCCCAGAAGACGUCUUCUUUAGCAGUUCACCCGAGGACAAGAGAAAUUUCUUGACUGAGAGCAACGAGUGCAGCAGUGAAGAGGACCUUUUAGACCUUUGCUCUUCUCUGAGAGAUUCAGAAUAUUUCAGAGACCUGCAACUCGGAUCCGCUGAACCACCAGACACACAACUUCCUGUUUUAUCCAUUUCUGCCCCUUCAGUACCUCCCGCAUCCACAUCGGAAAUUGGAUCUAGGCAGACUUCCACAGAAUUCAACACCCAUCAACUUUUCCAGACAGACGACACUGUAAUUUCUACAGGAGGGGAAGCCAUGGAUCGCUUGGUUGCCAUCAGAAACUCAGAACCGAAAGACUUCCAGGAUUAUCCGGAAUCCGAUCAAGAUGAGGACUCGGACACGGACAACUUUCCUAUAUUGGUUAGAUCCAUGUCCACUUCACGUAGACACAGUUGGGAAGUGCCAGUGUCACCGAUUGACCUGGGAAGAAGGUUCAGUCUAGACACUAAUGGCAUUGACAGCGAUGGGGAAAGAGAGGUCAACUGUUUGGCAAAAAGUCCCAUUCUACCAUCUUCCUCCUUCUCCGAAAGCUCUGUAGAAGAAACCACCAGCGCAGUGGAAAGUGAAAGUUCCCAAACACCAAAGCCAACCACACCAGCCAAGACGAUAUAUUCCAGAUCUGAGAUCCUUGCGACUGAUGAAAAAUCUCAAGCUGACAGAGUCUCCCGCAUAGUGGAGACUUCUAAGCAGGCUGCCAGAGAGGCUGGAGAAGAGCAGGAGUCGGAAGAGGAGCUGCAGUCAGUGGAAGGACGGAGUCAUGUGCUGAUGGUACAGAAAGUUCUGCAGGAGCUUAAGCAGUAUCAUGGAGCUAAACGCAGAACUUCAAGUGCAGAACGAAAGGAGGUGGCAGGGAAUUUCACAUGGUACGAGUUUCUCACCACCGAAAAUGACGAGGAAGAGGAGGAAAGACCGGAGCGUCCUGAAAAAGGCACUAAAGUCAAGAGGACUCUGAGCUCACUGAGGAACCGCGUGACCGGAUCCUUCAACAAAGACAAAGGUAAGACCCGGGACAAAGAGCAGCAGAAAGAGAAAAGCAGAGAGCGAGAGAAGGACAAAGAGAAAGAGAAAGAGUUGCGCGAGCGUGAGAAAGUGCGGCGGCGCAGCGUGAGCGGCCACCAGCUCGUGCCUGGCUCGUUCUCCACCUGGGCCACAUGUUCACUGUGCAGCAAGACCCUGCAGAGAAAGCAUGGCCUGCAGUGUCUGAACUGCGCCGUCAACGUCCACAAGAGCUGCAAGAACCUGCUGCCCGAGUGCAGCAGCAAAAACAAGAUUAAAGACUCGGCUCAGAAGACUUCAAACGCCGCAGCUCAGGCGCACAGUCAAGCUCUGAGGGAGCCCUGCUCUGCCCUGACCCCCGUCGAUGGCUCGUCCCGGACGUCUCGCUGUGCUUCAGGUAUGACCGUCCCACCCAAAGGACACAACGCCCAACCUGCCUCCUCCAGCAACCCUACCGUCAGCCACAACAACAGCAGCGGCUCUAUCACAGGAGAGAUGGACGAGGUUGACGCGUUCAGGAUGAAGCGGCCCACCGACGACGCCGUAUCUCUCGCCUCCACCACGCCUGAGUCUCUCCUCGUCGAAGACGCGUAUUACGCCACAGUACGAGGGGAGCUGGAAACCAUCGCACAAGAUUUCGAGGUGGAGUCCUGGAGUCUGGCUGUGGACCAGCACUUCUUGAAGAAACAUUCGAAGGAAAUGAUCAAGAGACAGGACGUUAUAUACGAGCUCAUCCAGACGGAGAUGCACCACGUGCGGACGCUCAAGAUCAUGCUUCGGGUUUACGCUCGAGACCUGCGGGAGGCGCUACAGCUGGACGACAGGAAGCUGGCCUGUCUGUUUCCCCGGCUAGACAGCCUGCUGGAGCUGCACAGCCACUUCCUGUCCCGCCUCCGAGAACGUCGCGCAGAAUUCGUGCAGCCAGGCAGCGAUCGCAACUAUGCCAUCCAUAAACUCUCAGAUAUUCUUAUAUCCCAGUUUUCCGGAGAGCUUGGAGAGCAAAUGAAGGAAAGCUACGGGGAUUUCUGCAGUCGGCACACUGAAGCGGUCAACUACUACAAAGAGCAGCUGCAGAGCAACAAGAAGUUCCAGAACCUCAUGAGAAAAAUCAGCAAUCUGCCAAUAGUGCGGCGGUUAGGCGUUCCAGAGUGUAUCUUGCUGGUGACGCAGCGAAUCACCAAGUAUCCCGUUCUUCUGGAGCGCAUCCUGCACAACACAGAAGCUGAGACGGAGGAGCAUGAAGGAUUAGCAAAGGCUCUCGGUCUAAUCAAAGACGUCAUAGUUCAGGUGGACACCCAGGUCAGUCUUUACGAGAAGGAAGUACGGCUCAGGGAGAUCGCCUCCAAGGUGGAGCCCAAGUCCCUUGGGAAAAUCAAAGAUGGCCGCGUUUUCCGGAAGGAGGACCUUUCUCAUGGGCGCCGAAAACUCUUGUAUGAGAGCAUGGUCAACUGGAAAGCAGCAUCUGGUCGGCUUAAAGAUAUUCUAGCUCUCCUUCUCACGGAUGUUCUCGUCUUGUUGCAAGAAAAGGACCAGAGAUACGUGUUCUCCACUGUGGACAACAAGCCGUCCGUUAUUUCACUGCAGAAGUUGAUCGUCCGUGAGGUGGCGCACGAGGAACGGGCCAUGUUCCUCAUCUGUGCCUCCUCAAACGAACCCGAGAUGUACGAAAUCCACACGGCCUCAAAAGAAGACCGCAACACGUGGAUCACCCACAUUCGUCAGGCCGGGGAGAGCUGUCCACAUAUAGAAGAGAGAUUGUUUAGCGAGGAAGAGGAAGCCAGAGUCGCCCGUUUCCGAGAGUUUCAAGACCGCCUGACGCUGAAGGAUGCUCAGAUCGCGCAGGGUCUCACAGAGAAGCUGCAGUUGUUCGCAGAGCUGGCUGAAUCCGUGGCGGGUUUAGAGGACGCCGGCUCUCGCUCCCGUCUGCUUCUGCGGGGCGACGCCUCUGACCUCCAGCAGGGGGAGCAGCUGCUCAAAGGAGCCAUUACUGAAGUGGAGAACCUGCAGAACCUCCUUUCAUCUGGAGCUCGGGAAGCAGCGCCGCAGACCGAGGGGAACCAGAGUCCGUCCUUGAGUUUACUUCCACGCAGAGCAGACACCUUCGGCGGCUAUGAUAGCAUUCCCAGCAUACUGCCUAAGAAUGGCAGUAUUAAGAAGAAGGUUGCUGGGGCGGCCGGCAGGACCAGGGACCGGAGUCAACGGGCCAGCUCUGAUCCGCAGCUCAAAGAGGUUUACUCGUGUCAAGACCAGGAUGAGCUGGACGAGGCCUCUUCCCCCGGCUCGCACAAAACGUGGUCGGCCUGUAAAUUUCCGGAGUCCGAGUUCUACGAGCGAGUGCUGCUGCUGUCCCAGAGGCUGUACAGUUUACAGGCCAUAAUCUCUCAGCAGGACAGCCACAUCGAGCUUCAACGGGCCUCUCUCCUCACCGCCGAGCGGGACCGCCCCGGCAGCCGGAGCCGCGGCACGGACGUGCUCCUGGAGCAGGAGAAGCAGCGUAACCUGGAGAAGCACCGCGAGGAGCUGGCCAACUUCCAGCGGCUACAGAGCCAGCACCGUCAGGAGCAGGCACGCUGGGAACGGGAGCGGGAGAAGCAACGGCGCCAAGCCGAGGCAGCCGAGCAGCGUCUGAAGGAACGGGAGGAGGAGUGCCGGCGGCUGGAGCUGCGCUUGGUCGAGGAGAAGCAGGAGCUCGAGAGGCAAAGACAGACCUACCAGCAAGACCUGGAGAGGCUGAGGGAGUCCACGCGCACCGUCGAGAAAGAGAAAGAGCGACUGGAUCAACAGAGGAAGUUGAAGAAGCACCACACGGUGCCAAAUACGGCAGCGCUGUACGCACAGGAAGUUGGACAGCUUUCCAGUUCCUCCAGCUUCAACGGAGAGCUGCUGCUCGGCGGAGCAGGGGACCAGACGUUUCCUCAAAAGUCGCACCUUCGGGCCUCUCUCUCCGUGUCCCCCGCCGACUACUCGGAGCGCCCCGAAGUUCACUCGCGCCGCGAGAGCUCCUGCGGCGCCCUAACGGCCAAGACAGAGGUUCCCAUACAUCUCAUCAGCACCACAAACCAGCUGCACAAGCAGGGCAGUGUCCAGCAGCAAAUACCCACCAAACUGGCCGCCCUCAGCAAGGGCAAAGAGAAGAGUGGGAAGGGCAAGAGUUCACACCGCGCCGAUAGUUUGGCUUCUGCUGACAUCAAGCAGAUGCUGCCCAUCAAGCUGUCAUCGAGGGAUUCGGACGGAGGUCACAAAGCGCGCCGGCCCAUCAGCCCCCACCAACCUCAACAUUCGCACUCAGAUUCCCUCAGCCCUCCAGACGCUCAGGCGGACGCCCCGUCUAGCCUCGCGCCCGCCGUUCUCAAAACCCACAACCAGGCCUCCCAGCCCACCCUUUCGUAUACUGUUAGCGACGAAGCCGCCAAGGAAGACGUUAUCUACUUCUGAGGCGUCUGAUGGGAUGGGGAGACUUAUUUUACUUAAGGAAUAGAUUUUAGUCCUCCUAGUCUUAACAACUAACAAGUACGGCAAAGAAACAUGUGUUUUAGUUAAAACCUAAAAAGGCUCAGAGUCUGUCCAGAAAACCCAAAGACUUCAGGUGAAGGACGCUUCUGUAGCGCGAACAAAAUGAAGGACGGAUGUUUUUUUUAAGUUGCUUAUUUUUGUGGUGAGCAGUUUUGCACAGCGGCGACGUCCCGUUGCAUUUCAGACUCGGUAUUUGGGACAACUGUUUUCUGUCGGAUUUGCUUUCGGGGUCAACUUUGUUGCGUAUGGAAAACGGCAUACGUCGAGAUUUUGAUACUGAAGUCAGUUUUGACUUCAGCACACUGUGUAAGCUUUGCUGGAUUUCAACUUGGAUUAUUUGAUUUUAUAAAAGCCAACUCCAUUUCAGUGGUCAUUUUAUUCACGCGCUACAUCUUCUUAGAGAUUUCUUCCAGUGUGCACAAAAAAAAAAAAAAAAAAAAUUUAAGCAGCGGACAUGCAGAGAAUCAAGGAUUAUAUUAACCAUUAUUUUGUUUUUAAUUUAUGUGUUAGUUGAUCUUACAAAUCUGAGCAUUUUGAGAUUACUCAAAUAGAAAUCAGAUGAAGGAUACAAAUGUCUUAAAUGGAAAAUGAAGUGAAGUCAAUUUAAGACAUGACUUGGCAAAAAUAUGAAUGAUUGAAACUAUUAAAGAACGUACAUGUCUGUAUUUACCCAGAAGCCCCCACCCCUUAAAAAAACAAAUCUACAAUUCUGGCAUAGUGUUGUCAUUUCAAUGUCAUUUUCUCAGUUUAAAACACAUUUCUUUUAGUGUUUUUAAUUUAUUUUUAAUAAAAUGAAUAGAAAUAGCUCUGUCUGAACCAUUUGUUUCUGUACAGUAAUGAUAAU